AUGGCUUUGCUGAGAUGGCCUUACAAGGACAACCCGCCGGUUCUACUAAAGGUGCGGUCCUCGGCUGGUCUGAUCGUCACCACUUGUUCUUUUGCCAUCUUCACUGAUAUCUUCUUGUAUGGUGUCAUCGUCCCCAUUCUGCCAUUCUCACUUGAAGACCGGAUCGGUGUCAAUACAGACAAGGUGCAGUACUGGGUCUCUAUAGCAUUGGCUGUGUUCGGUGCUGCACUUCUCGCUGGUUCACCUGUUUGGGGCUAUCUAGCCGAUAGAAUCCACAACCGGCGGGUUCCUAUGCUUAUAGGUCUUGUCGUGCUAUGCGGAGCCACAGUCUUCUUAUGUCUAGGUCGCACACUUGCUCUUUUCAUGGUUGGUCGUGCUUUGCAAGGUAUAUCAGCAGCACUGACCUGGACUGUUGGUCUUGCACUUGUUGUCGAUACUGUCGACAAAGAACACGUUGGCAAGGCUAUGGGCUGGAUCAGCACAGCCUGUAGCCUGGGUAUCUUGGUGGCACCUUUACUGGGUGGUGUUGUAUAUGGCAAGGGAGGCUACUAUUCUGUCUUCGCCAUGUGCUUUGGCCUACUUGCAGUGGAUAUUGUGUUGCGUCUUGUUAUCAUUGAAGUCAAAGAUGCCAAGGUUUGGCUCGACAGGGCAGAGCCCACAUCGUUAGCAAACACAGAAGGUGUGGCUGUUGAACGAUCCAAAACGGAGAAGGAUGAAGAUAUAACUGCUGGGGCAGCCAACAACCAAGCCAGACAUACGCCAGACCCCUCACGGUCACCCUUCAAGACUCUAGCCCAACUUUUGAGGCAGCCACGAUUUCUGGCUGCUCUCUGGGGAACAUUCGUCCAGGCACUCAUCAACACCGCGCUCGAGAGCACACUCCCCCUUCUCACGCACGAAAUCUUUGGAUGGGACUCGAUUGGAGCGGGACUGGUCUUUCUUCCCUUGAUUCUGCCAUCGUUUCUUGGCCCCCUGGUGGGUAUGAUUGGCGAUCGGUAUGGGCCUAAGUGGCUCGCUUCCUUCGGUUUCCUCUUCGCGACACCCUUUGUUGUGUGCCUGAUGUUUGUCGAUGAGAACACAAUCCAGGACAAGAUCCUCCUUUGCGGGUUGCUUGUUGGUGUCGGUAUCACAAUGGCUUGUAUUUUUGGUCCUCUGAUGGCCGAGAUCACUUGGUCUGUCCAAGGCGAGGACGGCACCGAGGGUGCGGGACAGAUCGCCCAGGCAUAUGGUCUAUACAACAUGGCAUAUUCGGGAGGGUCCUUAGUAGGACCAAUCCUAGGCGGGUUUGUCAAGGACAGUUCGGCAUGGGGAACUGUGGGCUGGAGCCUGGGUAUCAUGGUGUUUGUGUCUGGUAUUCCAACUAUUCUGUAUACGGGCGGGCCUUUGAAAGUCAACUUUCGAGGUAGAAGAAGACAGGAGCCAAGCCAAGUCUGA